AUGUCCGUAGCGCGGGAGGUGGAUGAAAUUGAGCGGAGAGUUUCGCAGAGCGAAACGGUGGAGGUGUUGCGGAGAGACGAGAGGGAGAGGAUCCGCGUCAACGAGAUGCUCAUGUCUCUGCUCUUCAAAUUGGAUUCGGUUCGCGGCGUUGAUUCGGGAGUUAGGGUUUGCAGGAAGGCUGUCACCAGAAAGGCCAUUGCUCUGCAAGAGAGAAUUGACGCAAUUGUUAACAACUCCGAUCAACAAACUGUAACGGAUAAUGGCGACAUUGAAGCUGCUAAGGAGUGCGAUUCUCCUGAUCCUGAGCAACCUGAAUCCGUUGAUCAAACACCAUGUAUCGACGAUUCAUCUGAGAGUGAACUUGAAACUGCUCAAAUUGAUAGCGAUGGUGUUGAAGAACCUAACGAUUCUCCAGUAGAAGCUAACGGUUGCGGAAACGUUGAAAAAUCCGAAUUGGAAGAUGAUGAACAAUCAAUGGGAGGGUUUAUUUCAGAGGUAACAAAUCCGAAGACAGAGAAUGAAGGAGCCGAGGAGAAAAAUGGAAGCGGCCUGGAGAUUGAAGAGACUAGCAACAGGGAAGAUGAAAACAACAGAAACAACAGAGAAUUGCUGGAGAGGAUGAUGGAGGAGAAUCGAAAGAUGAUGAGCUUGAUGGCACAGAUGUCAGAGAGAAAUGAAGCGCAGACGAGAAUGCUGGAAGCGCUAACGCAGCGUGUGGAGCACCUCGAGAAAUCUAUCGUCUGCGAUAGGCUAAGAAGGAAGAAGAUGAAGAAGAAGCAUACCCCUUGA